UGUACUUGGCCAACCCGCUUUUCGCAAGUCACUAUUUUAACCCCCGCAAAAAGGAAAAAGUAUCCAAAGGAAAAAUACAUUUAUGAGAUGUAAAAAACGGGACCCAGAUAUACUCGAAGAUAUUUUGUAACAAAAAUCACCUUACAUUGUUUAUUUGAUGAAUGAAUGCAUCAAGAAUCUCUCAUCAAGAAUUACUGCGUUUCACGGGUCCGGUUCGACUGCAUUCGUUUUUUGAGGAGCGGGCUAACCAAAUCUCAACUUGGAAAAUUGAUCAACAAUGUUCUGCAAUAUGUUGUUUUAAUCCGAAGGCUUCUCAUUCUAACAUCUAGGCAGCUGCACAGCAUUCUAAAAAUAAGUAAUGGGGCAUCCUCCGCUUGAGUUCAGCGACUGCUAUGGGGAUAGUCCGGAUUUUAGAGAAAGACUAAAAUGCUAUGAAUUAGAAUUGGAAAGAACAAGCAAAUUUCUCAAAGAUGUCAUCAAAGAUGGCAACAGUGUAAUCAAUGCAAUCAAGGGUUAUUCUGUGGCAGUUCAUAAGUUCUCCCAGACACUCAACGUGUUCCAGUUCGACUUCAUUGGUGAUUCCCUGACAGAUGACGAGAUUAAUAUUGCGGAAUCUUUCCAAGAGUUUGCUGGUCUCCUACAGGAAGUGGAGGAUGACCGGAUGAUGCUGGUUCAGAAUGCUUGUGAUCUGCUUAUCAAGCCACUGGAGAAGUUUCGCAAGGAGCAAAUAGGAGUGACAAAAGAAAGAAGGAAGAAGUUUGAGAAAGAAAGCGAAAAAUAUUACUCUCAGUUGGAUAAACAUCUGAAUUUGUCUGCUAAGAAGAAGGAAACUCAGCUGCAGGAGGCUGACGAGCUGCUGGACAAAGAGAGGCUGAACUUCUAUGAGUCGUCAGUGGAGUAUGUGUACCAGAUCCAGCAGGUGCAGGACCGAAAGAAGUUUGAUGUGGUGGAGCCUGUGCUGGCAUUUCUUCACAGUAUCCUAACACUCAACAACCUGACGGUGGAGAUGACUCAGGACUUCAUGCCCUAUAAGCAGGAGCUGCAGCUCAGCUUGCAGAAUACGCGGAACCACUUCGAGAGCACUCGUGAGGAGAUGGAGGAGCUGAUGAAGAGAAUGAAGCAUCCAACCCAGAUCGGCAAAAUGCACGGCCAACCAACCAUUGAGGGCUACCUGUACUCUCAGGAGAAGUGGGCCUUGGGUGUGUCAUGGGUGAAGUACUACUGCAAGUAUCACAAAGCCAGCAAGCUGUUUGUCAUGGUCCCUGCUGAACCAAAACCCGCAACCAAACAGGGCCCCACAGAGCUGAAGCUUAAAUCCUGCUUCCGCCGAAAGACAGAGUCCAUAGACAAGCGCUUCUGCUUUGAUAUCGAAACUUACGAGAGAAACAUACCUGUCACUCUCCAGGCUGUUUCGGAGGCCAACCGGAAGUUAUGGAUGGAGGCCAUGGAUGGAAAAGAGCCUAUUUAUCAUUCCCCAAUUCACAAGCAAGCUGAAAUGGAAUUGAAUGAAGUUGGAUUCAAGUUUGUAAGAAAAUGCAUUAACUUCGUUGAAACUAAAGGACUCACACAAGAAGGAGUAUACAGAACUGUUGGCAGUAACAUCCAAGUGCAGAAGCUUUUAAAUGCUUUCUUUGACCAGAAAUGCCCAGGGGAUGUGGAUUUCCACAGCAGCGACUGGGACAUUAAAACCAUCACAAGUGCCAUGAAGUUUUAUCUCCGGAGUUUAACAGAGCCUCUGAUGACCUACGGUCUCAACAGGGACCUCAUCUUAGCAGCAAAAUCAGAUAGUCUAGAUGACCGACUGGGUGCAAUCCACUCCCUGACAUACAAACUCCCAGAGAAGAAUCGAGAAAUGUUAAGCCUACUGAUCAAACACCUGGUGAAUGUCUGCAGCAACAGUGGAGACAACCUGAUGACUCCCUCCAACAUGGGUGUGAUCUUUGGCCCCACCCUCAUGAGGGCAGAGGAAGAGACUGUGGCAGCCAUGUUGGAUAUAAAGUUCCAGAACAUUGUUGUGGAGAUUCUAAUCGAGGACUACACCAAGAUCUUCUGCACUGCGCCAGAGGAGAGUUCCACAGCCCCACCCAUGCCGCCUCCAAGGAUUACCCCAAGGAAACGGCAACCAAUCACCAUCUCCAAGCGCACGCCCCGCGUCUACCCAGCAGUUAAUUAUGGCCAGCUCCAGAACAUUGAGAAUGAUCAGAAUGGUAGCAGACCAGAGGGAGUGGAGGCUGGCGGGGACACCCCAACGAGCCCCACACCUCUCCAAAGGACCAAACCCAUAACUGCCCCUCCACGGCUCCCUCGGGAACCUCCUCAGAGGCAGGCCCUCCUGCCCAGGCCAUCCAUCCGCCAGGACAGACACUCAGACUCUAACGUCGUCAAACUGGUUGCUAAGCUACCGGAUGGAGGUCAGAGGCCAGAUGCAACAGCCAAUGGAGAGAUGGGAGUCACUGUGAACCGAGCACAGUCCUUCCAAGGCAGAAGACCACCUCGAAGUGUUGCGGUCAUUCGAGAAGCAGAAAAUGACGGUGUGAUCAAAACGAGGUCUCCAGCUGAGAAGCCUGCCAUAUGCAGACCUCCAACCAGACCCCCUGACCCCCCUAGCCGAUACCCUGCACCCCACAAGAGCCCCACUGCAACCCCCAGCGAGGACACCCCGGCGUCGUAUUUCCCGUGUGUAUCAAGAAUGGUCCACUACCCAAAGGACAUCCAGCCAACUUGGCACAACUGUGGGAAGCAUUGGAGUCAACAUGGGCCAGCAUCCCUGUGGAACGCUUUCGACACCUUGCGGAGUCCAUGCCCCAACGAAUUGAGGCAGUUCGGAGGGCAAAAUGGGUGGUGCUCAAUAUUACGUUGCUUCCAAAGCCAAGUUUUUUGAGAAUGCUUCAAGGAAAUUUGGAAGCUCAUCGGUCUCACCUCCAGCAUCUACUUUGCUCAAUGUGAAAGAAGAGGUAUGAUGUCCUAUAGUUUCUUUCUCUCCCCCACCCGCUCCAUUUUGGGAACAGGCAGACAGAGGGGGGGUAAUGGUUUGAGUGAGAUGCUGCAGAGGUGAUUUAGAGGUAGUUGACAUAAUAGCUCAGCGUCAUACAUGUACCUGAAACUGUAUUUCAGAUGCAUGUUAUGGUUUGAAAUAGGCCUUGUUCAGCUUUUAUGACCUUAUUUGGCCCAUAAAUCUUUAAAUAGAUUUUACAAAAAUGAUUUACUUUGCACUUUGUAAUCAAAACCAAUCUUUAUUUUCCCUUAGAAUUUAAGUUGAUUAGUCUGUUACCAUGGCCUCUACUCCUGUGGAACUGCAGUGAGUAUCUGGACACACUGUCCUGUUGUGGAAUGGAGGCGUGCUCUCGGAAUGACAGCACUUUUGUCCUGUCAGUGGAUAUCCUCCUGCUUGUUGUUAUAAGGGACCAAAUGAACAUGUUGUUUAACUUGUGAUAAAGGAGCUCCGGUCUAGAUAGGAUGCCUUUAUAUGUCUCCGUCUGAUCCGUAGCUAUUAGCUUUUGGCAUCUGGAUCGAUAUUAUAUGGGAUCAACUCUAUAUAAUGUGUUAACUAAAUUAAUCCUGGUCCAAGUGGCUAGUUCCAGUAUCCAGGUAUUUGACACACAAUAUUAUGACACGUUUCACAUAAAAUUUCAAAUUGCAACAAAAAAAAGCUACUGUAGCUACCUGAUACCAUUUGGAAUUGACAUAUUCUAUAAUGUAGUACCCUAUUGUACCAGGUUGAAAUUCAAGCACCCCAAGUGGCUCAGCUGUAGCACAAUAUUGUUAACUAGCACCUUAAAUCAAAACUGAUAACAAAAGGUAUAGGUUCUAAGAAAGGUUGAGUUAGUAAUGCAUAUAUCUACUCCUUCUGUUCAUGAUGCACUUUGAUGAAUGAAAACAGAAAUUCUGAUGUGCUGAGUACCAUUAUACAUUUGGUUAAGCUUGAGGUUAGUCCUACUAUACCAACCAUGAUAACAAUGAUAAGUAACAAAUAAUUAUCCACACUGUCACACUACAGAAUGCUGUGUCUUUGUUAGAUCUAGUUAGAUGUAUUUCACCAUUCCCAUGUUCUUAAGAAUCCUUAAAGCUGGAAAACGUAGCGGUGAUACUGCCACGUCCAACGAAGAUCUUACUUCAAACAUGUUUUAUUUAUUUUCUAGGACAUCAUUGCACAUGCAAUAGAACAGCAGAGUAUGUAAUACAUUUUUUCAUGUCCUCUUCUUCAUAAACAAAACAUGUAAGGAAUGUGCCUGGGGGCGACCAGUGGCAGUGUUUCACCUAAUGCGGAGCUCAGCUUUAAGGACUCUUAACUAAAUUAUUUUCGAUUGUGGAAUCCAAAUAACCACUGGUUUAUUUGAAUGAUCAGCAGUUCAAAUGUUUGCAAUAGUUUUUAUUUUUAUUUUUUGUUUGCUGGCAUCUCUCUAUUUCCAUGUGGGUACUGUCAUUCAUACAACACUUUCUUUUGGUCCUACUUCAUAUGUAGUGUCACUAAGGCCAUCAUUUACGUGGUAAUUACAUUGGCAGCUACUGUACAUUGUACCUAGUGUGGGUACACAUUGCUACAUAGUACUAGCAACUGUUACACCUGUUUGUGGCUUGCACCAUUGCAGAUGACCUCACAAUGGAGAAUACUGUGUCAUUUUAAGAAAGCAUAAUAUUGUGAAGGGAGGUUUAGGAAAAGCUAAUAUGUAUAGCAUUAAAAAAGUCUUCAAUGAUUUCUUUCUCAGAAUAUUUUGUGAAUGAUUGACAGCGCAGGUAAGAGCUCGUCAUUAGAAUUCCCAGAGGUUUUUGGCUCAUCUUAAAAUGUUGUCUUCACUCCCAUUUGAUUUCUGUGAACAUUUGGACAAAGAAACAUUCCUUGUCUUGUGUGUCUCUUACCUGCUUGAUCCUGUUUGUCAACAAAAAAUUUAACAGCAACUGCUGUAUUGAUGUUUAUGUUAAUUGUCUGAUUGUAUAAAACAAAUAUGCUCUUCAAUGUCCUGUCUUAAACUAAUUGUCAGCUUUUCUUUUUCCCUUGUAUGCAUUCUGUAAGAUUUAUCAAGAAACAUGCCCAGAUGUAUCAGCAUGAAAAGUAAAAUAAAUCAACUUUCCACUUUUUUUCAAAAACA